GACUGCCGUCAGUCUGGUCGGUGGUUGGUUUGAACGUCGUCACGACUACAGCGGACACCUGGAUCUCUGAUUGGCUCAGAGCGCUCAUCCGGGUACUUGCACUAGAACGAGCCCAUCAGCUAAAGGUACCAAUAUGGCGGAGGCUUCUCUAGGGAGUUCAAGUCCAGUUGGAUCUUUAUCAUCAGAGGACCAUGACUUUGAUCCAACAGCGGAUAUGUUAGUUCAUGAGUAUGAUGAUGAAAGGACUCUGGAGGAAGAAGAGUCUCUGGAUGGAGGGAGGAAUUUCAGCUCUGAGAUUGCGGAUCUAGAAAAGGAGGGGACCAUGCCUUUGGAAGAGCUGUUGGCCAUCUAUCGCUAUGAGGCCUCGGCAGGCUCCAGUAUAGACAGCUCCUCGGGAGACAUCACUGAUGAGCUGCCCGACAUGACUUUGGACAAGGAGGAAAUCGCUAAAGACCUUCUGUCUGGAGACUACGAGGAGGAGACCCAGUCUUCAGCUGAUGAUCUUACACCUUCAGUCACUUCCCAUGAGGCCACUGAUUUCUUUCCAAGAACACUUCGAUCCAACGCUAUCUCUGAUGGUGAUAAAGAGUCAGAGUGUGAUGAAGAUGGUCCGAGCCCAGAGGACUCCAGAAAGGAAAUAAUGGUGGGAUCACAGUACCAAGCAGAGGUUCCUUCUUGCCUCUGUCAUUACAAAGAUGGGGAGAAAGUGUAUGAAGAUGACGACGAGUUAUUAUGGAGCCCAGGUACAAUACCAGAAAAUAAGGUUAGGAGUUUCCUGUGUGAAGUAUUGUCACGGACAGCAGAUGAUACAGGAUGUGACAAACCGGGGUCACAUGUUCGAGACAAUGAGCAGGCUUUGCACGAGCUUGUCAAGUGCAACUACAACACGCGUGAAGCACUAGAGAGAUACUGCAGCCGUGUAAAGACCUCAAAAGAAAAAUCGCCUCCGUGGUCAGAGGAAGAAUGCAAGAACUUUGAACACGCACUACAGAUGUAUGACAAAAACUUUCACCUCAUACAGAAACACAAAGUCACAACACGAACUGUAGCAGAAUGUGUGGCGUUUUAUUAUAUGUGGAAAAAGUCGGAGCGCUUUGACCUCUUUGUACAGCAGAAUCGUUUUGGGAAGAAAAAAUACAGCAGCUAUCCCGGUGUAACUGACCUGAUGGACAGACUGGUGGAUGAAGCAGAGGGUCUGGCAGUGGACAGUUCCUCCUCUGUGUGUUUAGGGGCUGGUGGUGGAGGAAGGCUGGAAACUACUACUGACCAACAGCUCAGUCUGCUCAACUCCAUCACUGCCAGUGAUCUCACAGCUUUGAGCAACACUGUAGCCACCGUGUGCAGCCCUGCAGAGGUUAGUUGCCUCGAUUCCUACAGCUUUCCUCCUUUGGAAAGCCUCCACCGCGGGUCCCUCAACCACGACGAGUCCCUCGGUUUCCCUUCCAACGGUGCAGACCCCGACUGCCUCAACAUGCUCGACGCUGGCUUCUACCACUCUGACCUGAGCCAGCUGGGGGGCGUGUGUGUCAACAAGGACUGCGAGCGGCCCUCCAAAAGACUCAAGAUGGCGCUGCCUGACUCCUUUAUCAAUGACGUGUCUGUGAGUAACCUGGGAGACUUCGAGGCACGACGGACAACGACGCACCACCACCGAAUCACCGGCGCUAAAAUGGCGGUGUCCGUCACAGACUUUGGGAGCUUGGCCGGUAGCGGUGAGCCCAACGGGUUUUUAGGAGCACACGCGAGGCACCACACACAGCACACUGCAGCACUUCAAUCAGAGUGAUCUUCCUCAACUGUUCCCUUGUUCUUCCCUUUUUAAAACCCCAUAUCUCUCUUGUAAAUAAGACUGACCUCACUGGAGAAACCAAUUUGUUUAAAUUC